AUGGCUUCAAGUGAAACUGUGUCCAAAUACUUUGAAAAUCUUUGCAACACUCUCUCUAAACAUGAUCUGUAUGGAAAGCCUCAUCUCAUCUUCAAUGUUGACGAAAAGGGUAUUUCUGUUGACCACAAACCACCAGCCGUGGUCGGAGAUUCUGCUUACUGUCCCCAUCAGGAUUUCGUCGCACUGGCAUUCACCCCCUUUGCAAAGACUCAGUUCCUUCGAAGUAUUUGGUACCAGCAGAAGUUUUCAAGGGCCUGGCCACUGAAAUUAGAAAUGAAAGCCAAGAGAAUGAGAGAGGAUUUGAGCAAAAAAGGAAGAAAAUGUAGAUCAGCAAAAUUAUGUGGUAAAGUUACAACAGAAAGAGAACCAUCUGAAGAAACAAGAUUGGGGGAUUUAGAAGAAAGUGCCAGGAAGCAUGAACGGGAAAACAUUUACUUGAAGGAAACUGUUUCCUUGUUAAAAAUUGAAAACUCAAGAUUAUCAAAUAGAGUUAAUAGUCUUAUGCUUGAAAAUUCUUAUGGAGGUGCCGAAAAGGACAAGAGGUUGGUUCAUCAAGGUUUAGUAACAGAAGGAAUUGGUUUCUAUGCCUACAUGUCAAGAGACGAGCCCGACCCUCGAGGUCAUCACACUCUGGUUUACGACGUCACACAGACGAAUUUAGGAAAUGGAUACAAUGAAAAUACCGGUGUAUUCAUUGUUCCUCGAGAUGGGCUUUAUUCCUUUACGUGGUCUACACGAGUAGAAUGUCAUCUUGCACACACGACAGAUCUCGUCAUCAAUGCAAAAAUUAUGGGAAGUACUUACGCCUACUGUGGAUAUAACACCGUUACAGGUCACGUGGUAGCAGCAGUUGCCCAGGGUGACGUCGUCUUCGUGCGCACACACUCCACUUCUCCAGGUCAAGGUGCAAUUAAAAGUAAUGAAUUUGGAAGGUCGGCUUUUUCUGGUUUUUUGAUUGAAUAA